AUGGGAGACCGUGCCUACCUUGCUGGAAAGUUUGAAGUCCUCAAUCCAAUGAGCCAGGAUGUCCACAGAUUCAGAACAUGGGCCGCUUGCAUGGGCCAGCUCACUUCUGACGCCUACAUCCCCGUGAUCGCCACCCGGCAGACGCGAAAGGAUUGGGAGUGUAUCCACCACGAGGUUGAGCGCAGAACUGGGCGGGCUGCUUCCGUAAACUCCCCCUUUUCAGAACUGGGUUCUUCGACGAAGAAGCUCAAGCGUGCGAAGGGAAGAGAAGAAUCUGCAUCUUUCAAUGCAAAGGCCGCUUUUAUCAAAUUGUUUCAAAGCCGUCUUUCAAGAUACAUGAAGGGGAAAUUGUCAGGACUUUCCGAGUCUUCGCCUGCCAGCCAGGACAAUCAAGAGCCCGGUCAAGCUGUGAUACCCAUGAAAGGUUCCUUGGGAAGGAUAAGGCAGCAACUGAAGAGCAAAACUGGGCUACAGCGUGCAGCUGAGUUGACUGCUAAUCAAGGUAGUCAAGACGGCAGUCGCCUCAGACCCAGACUAUCAGCUGGUCCUUCGACAGUAAAAACCGAGGAGCGCACAACAGAGGGCGAUCUUGUAUCCAAACAACAUGUCCCAGUCAAUGCGCCUAUCGACCAGAAUAAUCAGGAGGCCAGUGGCGUCAUCUACGAGCCAUCACUCACACUCCAGAAAAGAACAUCUAGAAGCCUCGCCGCGCCUGAGCUCAACCCGUUCCUAGUCUAUGCGCCUGCUGGCCAGACAAACCAGGACGGGGACCAGAAGCUUCAUAGGCCACCAACAGUACUCCCGAGGAGCAAAGAGGUGAGCCUCAGCCCGGAGCCUUGUAUGGAUGACCUCCGUUCACCAAUUCCAAGAGAAGCCAGCAGUACGUUCCCAAGCACACAGACACACAACGGACUACGACCGGCAUUGAUGCUGCCGAGGAAGCCAUUCGCUAAACCAGGACAAAACCAUGGGAGAAAGUAUAGUACGGAUGCAAUCUUCAACCAAGCAAAAUUUCCACAAAGCAACAGUGUCAGUGAUGAUUCCCCGUCUGAACGGCCAAUCGAAACCCAAAUAUCCUCGGUUCCAGAUACUACGACCGGACAUAAGCCAGGAUUCUUUGAAGAAACUGACUCCGCGGACCAAUCAAUCCCAUCAUCAACACCUCAGUUUUGGAGCCACAGUGCACAACAAAGCCCCGAUGGCCAGAAACUCAUCGUGCAUUAUUGCCGGACCCUUCAAAGUACCGAAGAAGCUGUUCAACACUUUCUCGGGAGCAAGGUCAUUGGAUUCGACAUGGAAUGGAAGGCUCAAGCCUCCGGCUGGGACAGUAUUCAGAGCAAUGUCUCAGUGAUCCAAAUCGCAAACGAGGAGCGUAUCGCCCUCUUCCAGAUCGCGCUCUUCAAGCCCGCACGCUCUCUGGAGGACUUGGUUUCCCCAUCAUUGAAGCGCCUUGUAGAAUCUCCCGAUAUCAUGAAAGUGGGAGUUUCAAUAAAGGCAGACUGCACGCGGCUGCGCAAGUAUCUCGGCAUCGACGCUAAAGCCACUUUCGAGCUUAGCCAUUUGUACAAGUUGAUCAAGUACGGCAAAGACAAUCCCAAAUUGGUGAAUAAGAGGGGCGUUAAUCUCAGCGAGCAAAUCAAAGAGCAUUUCGGUCUUCCUCUUGAGAAAAGUGAUGAUGUCCGCUGUGGUGAUUGGACCCGGGCUUUGAGUUAUCGUCAGGUACAAUAUGCUGCUACCGAUCCCUAUGCUUGUGUUCGUCUGUUCCAUACCAUGGAGGCGAAAAGAAAAGCCAUGGACCCAAUGCCGCCUUGUCCUGCGUUCGCUGAACUCAACCAGCCCAUUGUUCUCCCACUUGGACAAGCAGUCAACAGCGACGAGGACCCGUUGGUCUGA